AAUGUUUGACAAAGUGGACCUAAUUAUUCACCAUGGCGGCAACUUCGUUAGUUUGCCUGAAACUAUGUACGUAGGGGGAGAAGUGGACUGUAUCCCAAUUGAUCCGGACCUGAUUUGUUAUCCUCAUUUAAUGAAAGCCUUACAGUCUGGGAACUAUGGUAAUAUUAAAGGACUGUUUUAUAAAAAACCUAGUGAUGCUAUGGAUGACCUGCUUCCCUUGUUCAAUGAUGCAUCCACACUUCAGCUGAUACAUAUGGCUAGUACUUGUGGGCAGUGUGAGAUAUAUGUAGAGCAUGGUUUGGAUGAGUGUGAACUCAUUCUGCCUUUACCUGGACCAAAUAAUGAAGGGCUUAUUGAAGAAGUUGAAGUACAACAAGCAGGUUUGACACCAGAAGAAGAAUUACAGACCAAUGUUGAACAAACUGAGGUACAAAUGCAUACUGAUAAGGCUUAUGAACUGCAUCCUGAGGCUGAAGAUUGCACAUCAGAGGAAGAAAGGCAGGCCACUAUGGAAGAAAUAUAUGAAGAUGGGUUGUCAUCUGAGGAAGAUAUAGAAGUGGAGGAGAGGCACAAUGAUGUGCAAGCUGGGUCACACUCAAGGGAUAAGGGCAUUGACGGAGAUGAACCAGAAGAAGAUGAACCAGAAAUUGAAGAGGCUGAAGCAGACAAUGAAGAAAAUGAACCACAAAUUGAAGAAAAUAAUCCAGAUUUGGAAGAGCUUAGAGGUGGAAAAGAUAAUGAUGACACUGAUGAGGAUGCAGACAGUGUCGAAUAUGAUUCUUCUAACCCAAGAAGCUACACAUCUGACCAAGAAAUAGAUGAUAAUCAGCCUAAACCUGCACACAAGGGGCUUGUUUCCUAUAAUCCUGAGUCAGAACCUCCCCUCAUUGCGGUGGAAAUGCUUUUUGAAGAUGCAAGGCAAUUCAAGAACGCUAUGGUCAGGUAUGCUGUCUUUGAGAAAAGAGAUAUCCGCUUUGUGAAAAACACACAAACAAGAGUUAGGAUAAAAUGUGUUCCUCCAUGCCCUUAUAAUAUUACUGCUAGUUGGGAACCUAGGCUGAAGUGCUUCUAAGUUAAGGUUCUUGAAGGUGAACAUUUAUGCAAUUUGAGGUUCAAGCUAAAGAUAGUUAGUGAGAAAUGGAUUGCAGAGUCAUAUGAAGAGAAGGUAAUUGAAAAUCCAAGCAUGGGUGGAGUAGAGUUGAAGGCACUGAUUAAGAGUGACUUGAAAAUAAAUGUAUCUGCUAGUAUGGCCACAAGGGCUUUGAGGUCUAUACACAAGAAAACACAAACAGAUUUUAAAGAUCAGUUCAAGAAAGUAAGGAAUUAUGCAGAGGAAUGUUUGAGGUCCAUUCCAGAUUCAACUGUGGUGAUUCACACAACCAGAGUUGUCCCAGAAGCUCCAUCUGUUUUCCAACGCAUUUACAUGUGUCUUGGCCCAGUCAAACGAGGUUUUCUACAAGGUUGUAGGAAGGUAAUAGGGUUGGAUGGUUGCUUUUUGAAAGGACAACUCAAGGGUGAGAUAUUAACUGCAGUUGGGAGGGAUGCGAACAAUCAGAUGUUCCCCAUAGCUUGGGCUGUUGUUGAGAUUGAGAACAACUCCUCAUGGACAUGGUUCUUAGACCUAUUGAAGAAUGACUUGCAGAUUACUAGGCCAGACUUAUGGACUCUCAUUAGUGAUCAACAAAAGGGUCUAUGUAAUGUCAUUGCUAAUAUCUUCCCUGAGGCUGAGCAUAGGAACUGUGCUAGGCACAUACAUGCGAAUUGGAGUAAAUCACAUAGGGGGAUGGUGUUCCGGAGAUUGUUUUGGAAGUGUGCUAAGUCCACUGUGAGGCUCAGCUGGUUUGAAUGAUGAAUCUAGAGUUGUUGACAAUGGAAGAGGUGGAAAGGGAAGAGGGGGGAGGGGUAAAGGAAGAGGGGGAGGACAGAGGGAAAGAACACAUAGAGGUUUUGGGGUAUACUUUGAUGCAAGCACGGGUGAAACCUUGGUGGAUCCUGGACAACCAAGUGAAAGAAUUGUUGGUCGAUGUCCAUGAAGUGGUAGAGAAGAGCUGAGAUGUUGAAGUUUUUGUGUGGAUGCGUGUGAAGAUGAUAAGGCUGGUGUAUUUUGGCUUGAAGGCUCUCAUGAUUGAUGGAUAGAUGUAGCCCAUGUGCUGUUGUCCUUUUUUCUGCCCUUUAAAGAGGGUUGUUGUGGCUUUUAAAUGUGCCUUUUUUGCUUUUUUGUUGUAUUUCGGAUGUAAGGCAGAAUCAAACUUUGGGGGGCCAUUUACAGUUGGCUUUAUUUCCUUCCAUGAUGUAAUGUAUUUGGAUGCUUUAUUGGGCUUUAUAUGACUCAUAUUAAAAGUGCUGUGCUGUAUUGUUAUUUGUGUUGUAGACAGC